AUGUCGUUGUCUAGAAUCCUGCGAUAUAAUCAGAGAAAUAACAAAACUACAGCUUCCUUGACUGCAGAACACGCCUAUUCCGAUAAUUGGGCAUAUUCCGUCUCGUUAGGCGAUCCCACUAGUGUUGGUGUGAAUAUGGCUGCUAAGACGGGUGAGGCGCUAAAUAAAUCAUAUGAUUCCGUUUUUUCUUCUCUCCCUGUUGCAGAUAGUGUACCUCGGACAGACUUUACUGCAUCUUCCCGGGAUGAUGAAAACACGGACGUGCAAAAGCUGACCACUUCCUGGAUGGAGAAAAUUGACACGAAGAUGCCCGAAAACAUAUCUAAAAUCGACUCUAAUAUUAUUUCCUCUCCCAUGGUCAGUAAGGUUGAAGCAAGAUUUAUUGUUCCUAAAGGAAGAUUGAGGAAAAAUUCUACCGAUUUUACGUCAUCUUUCUCAAACUCGUUAAGUUUACCCAAAAGUUAUGGCAAAUUAAUUUUCUUUACAUCAAAGAAAAACAGCAGUAGUACCAAAAAAAAUCUAGCGAAUGAUAUCAGUGAUAACAAGCAUAACAACAAUUCUUCUAAUACUAUCGGUCACAAUAUUCCAGUCACGACAGCCACGGCGACAUGUGAUGAGAUUGCAUGCACCUCCACAGAACAUGAAUAUAAUGUUUAUGAGGAAGAGAGGAUGUUCACUACUCGUGUAUAUUCUCUAGAAGAUUCGGUCUCUUCACUGUCCACGAAUCCUCUCGACGACACGUAUUCAGAAGCAGUGCAAGUAAAUACAAGACAUAUCGAGGACACUGAAAGCACGGCCCAUAUAAGAAAACACUCCUAUACUACGUCAUUGUCAAGUAUCAAAAGGCUCUUCAAAAUAACGUCUUUUAGCAAUAACAACAGUAACUCAUGCGAUCACCAGGAAAGCACAGUUGCAGAUGAUUGCGCUAUAUCAUCAUCAUUGAAGGAAACAACUUCUUCGCCAGUCUCAACUGGAUCAUUCUCUCUCAUGAUCGAGAAUGAAGACAGCGAUAGAGAUCAGAUUAUUCAGGCUUUAUAUAGUAAUAUUGAAGCAUCCACUGACUUGGUUUCCAGGAAAUAUAGAGAUCUCGACGUUGUUCUCGGCGAAGGUUCUGGUGGUAAAGUGAAACUGGUCCAAAGGGUCCUGGAUAAUAAAGUUUUUGCAUUAAAGGAAUACAGGUCAAAGAAAAAAAGGGAAUCUGAGAGAAAAUACAUCAAGAACAUAAUUUCUGAAUAUUGUAUUGCCUCCACAUUGAAGAACCCAAAUAUUUGUGAAACAUUGGAAAUACUGUAUGAGAAAGGUAAAAUUUUCCAAAUUCUCGAGUAUUGCGAAUAUGAUUUAUUUUCUUUGGUUAUGAGUGAAAAGAUGCAUUACGAGGAAAUAUGCUGUCUUUUUAAACAGCUGAUCAACGGCGUAAAAUAUUUGCACGACAUCGGUCUCUCUCAUCGUGAUUUGAAGCUAGACAACUGCGUUGUAACACGAAGGGGAAUCUUGAAAUUGAUUGAUUUUGGCGCUUCCAGUGUCUUCCACUAUCCAUUGUCUUCACAGAUGAUUGAAGCAAAUGGAAUUGUUGGUAGCGACCCCUACUUGUCACCCGAAGUCUUUUAUUUCAAUGAGUACGAUCCAAGAGCACUUGACGUUUGGUCCGUGGGGAUAAUAUUCUUUUGUAUGAUAACGAGAAGAUUUCCUUGGAAAUAUCCCAAAGUGAAAGAUGUUCAAUUCAAGGCAUUUUGUUCCGGAAGAGGUGUGUCAUCUUUUAAAGAUCUUGUGACACGGCCUGCUACCGAUGACAGCAAUAAUUAUGAUAAUGAUGGCUACGAAGAAGGAGUCAUUGAUAUGGGUCCCAAUUUCAUUCUGCACAGACUACCAGAAGAAACUCACAAAAUAAUGAGGCGUAUACUGGAAGUUUCACCUUUCAGAAGAAUUACCAUAAACGGAAUAUUACAAGAUGGCUGGAUCAAAGAAAUAGAAACGUGUCAAGUUGUGGGCGCGGCAAGCCCAAAUGAGGCAUCGCUUCGAAUAAUAAACAAAGGUAAUCACAUACAUACAAACAUCGAUCAACGAUACGCCCACAUUGGCGGCCUGCAUCAGCGAACGUAA